CCCACUCUCUACCGUCCAUAGCGCCAAUCCGACGUGCGCUCUCCAAAUCUGCCGCCCACAGUUCCACAAUGCAACCACCGACCACCCUCAACGUGGCGGUGAUCGGCGCCGGAGCCGCCGGCCUGGUGGCCGCACGUGAGCUCCGGCGGGAAGGUCACACUGUUGUCGUGUUCGAGCGAGGAGACCAAAUCGGUGGCACGUGGGUGUACACUCCAGAAGUGGAGUCCGACCCAAUUGGUCUCCACCCAAACAGAAACAUAGUCCACUCGAGCAUGUACCAGUCUCUCAGGACCAAUCUCCCAAGAGAGGUCAUGGGGUUCCGGGACUACCCAUUUGUGGUCAAGGAAGGAGAUGAAGAGAGAGACCCGAGAAGGUUUCCGGGUCACGGAGAGGUGUUGAAGUACUUGAAUGAGUACGCUACCGAGUUUGGGAUUUAUGAGGUUGUGAGGUUUGAGAGUGAGGUGGUGUCUGUGGGUUUGGUGGAGGGUGGAAAGUGGAAGGUGAAGUCCAAGAGCAAGAGAGGUGAGGUUGUGGAAGAGAUUUAUGAUGCUGUGGUGGUCUGUAAUGGACAUCAUACUGAGCCACGUGUAGCUCAGAUUUCAGGCAUCGAUACAUGGAAGGGGAAGCAAAUUCACAGUCACAAUUAUCGUACUCCUGAGCCAUUUAGAGAUCAGGUUGUAAUUUUGAUAGGCAGCGCCGCUAGUGCUGUUGAUAUAUCUCGGGAGAUAGCUGGAGUUGCUAAAGAAGUCCACAUUGCAUCUAGAUCUGUUGCUGAUGAAACCAUUGAAAAGCACCCUGGCUAUGAUAACUUGUGGCUUCACUCAAUGGUAAAAGAAUUCACCCAUGAUCAGAUCAUCAGAAGUGUCCAUGAAGAUGGUAGUGUUGUUUUCCAAGAUGGUAGUGUUGUCCGUGCUGACAUCAUUCUUCACUGCACAGGGUACAAAUAUCAUUUUCCAUUUCUCGAAACGAAUGGCAUUGUGAUUGUGGAAGACAAUCGUGUUGAGCCACUGUACAAGCAUGUCUUCCCACCUGUCUUUGCUCCUUCGCUUUCCUUUGUUGGAAUACCAUGGAAGGUCGCUCCUUUCUUCAUGUUUGAACUUCAAGGCAAGUGGAUAGCUGGUGUUUUGUCUAAUCGAAUUGCACUUCCAUCCCAAGAGGACAUGAUGGAGGAUGUCAGAGCUUUCUACUCUUUACUUGAAGCUUCUGACACACCUAAGCGAUACACUCAUAACAUUGCUGAUCAUCAGUUUGGAUAUGACGAUUGGGUUGCAACUGAGUGUGGGUGCCCAAUAUCUGAGGAAUGGAGAAAGGAAAUGUACUUUGCAGCUAUAGAGAACAUGCUAACCAAACCAGAGACAUACCGGGAUGAGUGGGUCGAAUAUGACCAUUUAGUAUCGCAAGCUCACGAGGACUUCAAGAAAUAUGCCUUAAAUGGACAUAUAAUUCUUGAUCAAAAGAAAGUGGACAUGUUAAUGGAUAAGUGAUGGGACAUGAUUUCUUUCCCAGAUUGAUCAUUGUGAAGUAGCCACAAAUAUGUGUAAGAAAUGUGGUGCAUUCCUUCUUCAUAUUGGUACUGUUGGUAUACGCGAAACUGGGGAUCAAAAUCCUACUUAAUUCCAUACCAGAAAGGAAAAACGCCUUGUACACUCAUUUUCUAUUGUACCAUAGUGUGUGAACUUGAUAUUUUAUCGGACAA